GAAAGAGUGCAAUGAAGUGGUGUUGAUUUUUCUCGUUUGUGAUAAGUCACUCUCCACACAAGUGGGUGUUAGUACUUAGUACACAUUUGCCAAGAAACAUGAAUCGAAGAGAAAAAAAAGGACCUCUCUUUCUCUCUUUUUACCAAGGCUUUAGCUCAUAGACACUACAUCUUUGAAUCGGAGAAAGCAGAAACAAGUUUGGUUCUUUUGUGUGUUUUUAUUCAAAUGAUGAUGAAUUGUGGAGCAGUGAAUGCUACUACUCCUUCUUCAACUUCUUGGUCUGCUUCUCACAGCUCCAAAGUCCCCAUGUUGUUGCCUAGGGCAAUUUGUACUACACAAAGGAUGUGUUGUGUCUCUGGUGUUCAUGUGGAUGCUUGUGUUAGUUUUAAUGUCUCAAGAAAUUGUGCUGUAGCUAAAGACUCAUUGGGUUGGUCUGGAACUUCACCAUCUUUAUAUUCUAAGCAGCCAUUCAACAAAUUUUUGUUGCCUUUGAAAGCAUUAGUGACUUCAACAUCUCAAGAUUUUCCCAUUGCAUCACUUAUCGGUGAAGGAAAGGUAGGAGUUUUGUUGCUUAAUCUUGGCGGUCCAGAGACUCUUGAAGAUGUGCAGCCUUUCCUUUUUAAUCUUUUCGCUGACCCGGACAUUAUAAGACUGCCAAGGUUGUUUCGAUUUCUUCAAAAGCCCUUGGCCCAAUUCAUAUCUGUUGCGAGGGCACCAAAGAGCAAAGAAGGCUAUGCUUCAAUUGGUGGUGGCUCUCCUUUGCGGCAGAUUACUGAUGCACAGGCUGAAGAAUUGAGGAAAUCCCUGUGGGAAAAGCAAGUCCCAGCAAAGGUAUAUGUUGGUAUGCGCUACUGGCACCCGUUCACUGAAGAAGCCAUCGAACAGAUAAAAAGAGAUGGAAUCACAAAGCUCGUUGUCCUUCCCCUUUACCCACAGUUUUCAAUAUCAACUAGUGGGUCAAGCCUUAGACUUUUGGAGAGUAUAUUCCGGGAAGAUGAAUAUCUUGUAAACAUGCAGCAUACAGUGAUACCUUCUUGGUACCAGCGUGAAGGAUACAUCAAAGCUAUGGCAAAUUUGAUUGAAAAGGAAUUAGAAAAAUUUGACCGUCCUGAGCAGGCUGUGAUCUUUUUUAGUGCACACGGUGUGCCACUUGCAUAUGUGGAAGAAGCUGGUGAUCCAUACAAGGCAGAAAUGGAGGAAUGCGUUGAUUUGAUAAUGGAGGAAUUAGAAAAGAGAAAGAUCAUAAAUGCAUACACUCUUGCAUAUCAGAGCAGAGUUGGACCUGUGGAAUGGUUGAAACCAUAUACUGAUGAGACAAUCAUUGAGCUUGGGAAGAAAGGGGUAAAACGUCUUUUGGCUGUUCCAAUUAGCUUUGUUAGUGAGCAUAUCGAGACCUUGGAAGAAAUUGAUGUUGAGUACAAAGAGUUGGCUCUCAAGUCUGGUAUAGAAAAAUGGGGACGUGUUCCUGCACUAGGAUGUGAGCCAACCUUCAUUUCAGAUUUGGCUGAUGCAGUGAUUGAGAGUCUUCCAUAUGUAGGAGCUAUGGCAGUCUCAAAUCUAGAAGCUCGACAGUCUUUAGUUCCGCUUGGCAGUGUAGAGGAGCUGCUGGCAGUUUAUGAUUCGAAGCGAAGAGAGCUACCAUCGCCUGUGACGGUAUGGGAAUGGGGUUGGACAAGAAGUGCAGAAACCUGGAACGGGCGAGCAGCUAUGCUGGCAGUUCUUGUUCUAUUGGUUCUUGAAGUCACCACCGGGCAGGGGUUUUUGCACCAAUGGGGUAUUUUUCCAUCGUUCCAUUGAACACCACUACACAAGACCUUUCUUAUGCCUGGUGUAAAUUUUGUUACCUAAGUCAAGACGCAUAAUUUCUUAUGAUUUCUUAUGCAUAAUACGACUUUAACUCGUAUAUAUGCUGAAUCGAACACUCUGGCAUUGUUGUCGAAGUUCAUAAUUGGUGGGAUUUGGGUUAAUAGCAUAGGUACUGGCAGUGCAAUCCUUCAAUGGGUCAAAAGAUUAAAAAAAAAUUGUAUUACAGAGUUAUAUUAUUUUUCAUCUAAUUACAGAAUGUUCUUUGAUUUA